UGUGAUUGGUGGACAUUUUGCGCACGUGGAGGCUUGUGAACAGAGAGCAGUGGACAUGACUGAGAGGAGUCUGAAAAAGAGUAGCGGUGUUUCGAUGCGGCUUCACAGAAGAGAUGCCACGGUACUGCGCAGAAAAGCAUUGCCGAAACCGUGGGGGGACCUCAUCAAAGCAAGACAAGAAAAUCAGCUUUUAUCCUUUUCCCUUGCAGGACAGGCCCAGGCUCCAAAAAUGGGUGAACAACAUGAGGCGGGGGGAGUGGACCCCUAGUCGGCAUCAGUAUCUCUGCAGCGAGCACUUCACAGAGGACUGCUUUGAUAUUCGCUGGGGUAUCCGAUAUCUGAAGAAUACAGCUAUUCCCACCCUUUUCCCCUCUGUUGAGAAUGAAUGUGAGAACAAGGUCACCCUUCAGAGAAGUCCUGAAGCCACAUCCCUGUCACAGGCUGAGGACUUUGAGAGUGAUACCAGUAGGAUGCCUCUCAUUUUGUGGAAAAUGUGCCCGCCUGUUAAAGAACAGUCGGCGAUGCUGCUCAAAGUCCCUCUCUUCCAAGAAUCGGGGGUCACUUCUCAGUCACGUCUGCCUGAGAUGCACACUACUGUCUGCGAGGUAACGGGUGACAGUGGAGUUUCAGCAGUGCCCUGCUUGGCACCGCCGGCGUGCUCCGAAGAGCAAACUGACUCGAUUGUGACCGUGUUGUGCUGCGAGACACUUGGCCCUCACUCCGGCGAUGAGGAACAUGCACCUUGCGCUUCUUUUGCAGCAGACCAGAGCCAGACUUUUCGUUUUGUGCCUGUGGAAUUGAUUAGCGACAGAUCUCUGAGGAGUUUUGCAGAGGAGACCGAGCCCGGCGACAGGGAGCACGUUUUGGUUCACGAGCACUCGUACUGCAGAGCGGACACUGACAAAGACGAGUUAUGGAGUAAGAUGCUGAGUCUGCACGCGAAGAUCUUGGAACUGGACCGUAGAGAGGAGAGCACUGUGGCUAAAAUCCACACUUUAGAGAAUGAGAUUGCGCUCCUGAGGAGGGAUGGGGCCGUUUUUAAAGAGAAGCAAAAAAUUGUAGAAGAUUGUAUAUCAUCUGUUUUACUCUGAUCUUUAGACAUUUGACUUGUGUUAUUAUUGCCUUUUCUGUAGCAAAUUUUGGUCAGUCAGUUAUUUGUCUUGGGUGAAACGGCUUCUGUAACAUGCUGCUAUAGGUGCAGGUCUGAUGAUGUCCACGUGGUGGCACUGUGGUCAUUUUCAUUGCUUAACAGCCUAUUGAACAAAUUAGAAUAUUUUUGAAAAGUUAAUUUAUUUCAAGAGCAUUAUCGCUUAGUAAAACAUUAUAUAAUCAUAAUAAUAAUAAUAAUUACACAGAGAUGGAUGUUUUAAAGUCUUUAUUUAUGUUAAUUAUGCUGCAAUUUAAAAUUAAAAAAUAUCAGACCAAUUAAAAAAAAAUUAUAUAAAAAUGUUGUCUUAAUGAAAAAUAUGCUCUAUACCUGCUUAAAUGUUGUCAAUUUUCAAAAGGUACUUUUAUCCUGACAAACGAGCCUCAUCGGAACGCAUAUUCUAAUUUAUUAACGUAUCUAUAUUUUUAAAUGUGAACAGCACAUUUCACUUUUUCUCUGACUGGCCCUAAAUUUCAUUUUGCAACCUGACACCAAUCUACAAGAUGAUUUCAAUUCAUCUUAACCGUUCGGCUUCAUAAUCCUCCCCAGACCGUUGUCAUCAAUUUGUCCGGCUUUCCGUAUCGUGUUGGGAAAACUAUUCAUUUCAAAACUCUUCACGUCUGUAUGACUAUCAAUCAUAAUAAAAUAGAGGAUGGAGAAGCGUGAAAAUGUUUCCCACACUUUUAUUCCUUCCUAGUCACCAUGGUGACCACCAUUUCACUUCUUUCUUCAUCUACCACAUCGAGUCUCGUGCGUUGUAGGAAUAAUUAUCUUGAAAAUCAUGACCUCAUGCACUUACAAAGGUUUUGAUGGGCCGAUGGGAUCUGAAUCUGAAAUAUUUGUGGACUGUAAUCUUGCUUGGGAAAACGGGUGUUAAUUCCUUAAUUGCUUUCUUCCGUUAAGUGUGAAUUUAAGUUGAGUUGUCAUUUUUAUGUUAACCUUGUCAAUCAAGUAAUUUGGAAGCCAAGAAAGCUCCGGAAAUUUGAUAUGAAAAAUCUCGCCUUUUCUGGCCCACUUUUUCCUUCCACUAAACUUCCAGUUAAUAUAAUUGAACACGGCACAAUGUGAACAGUCAGCAGGUAAGGUUGGAAAAGUUAACCUCUUGAGUCAGUAUUUGCAUGCUGUCUGCCAUCUUUCCCAUGACUGCAGAGGCCAUUAAGUAAUAUUUGUGUAAUUAAUAAAGAGUUUUAUUGUA